CCAAACAUUCGGUGAUUGGUGUCGUCGGUGUUGGGGCGAUUUGGCGGGUUUGGUGCAGGUCACUGAUGACUGGUGCGGGUACCGGCUUGGGUGUCUCUACCGUUUGGAACUUUUGACCACUUUGCUUUGUGCGCUCUGAACUUUGGACGCCUCAAGAAGUCGCGAAACGUGGUCCCGUUCCGUGGUCCCUACGGUUCCGUGGAGCUGGGCGGAGAUCUGACGCUGCUGAAUAGAUAACGUCUUUUUCUAAUGGAGCAGCCUACGCAGCAGGGGGAACGAGCUGCACCGUUGGAAGGGACCAGCCGCAUGUUCAAAGCCACCGAGAACAUUCUCUUCAGAUGCUGUUUUUGCACCCAUGUCACCACAGAUCCUUGUGGACUUGUGAGCCAUCUUGUGGCUCAUGGAGACGAAGAACAGUCCAAGGGCCAGCAUUGUUUUUCAUUGUUGGAAUCUGGGUCCAUAUUGAGCAGUCCUGUUGUGAUCGACGGACCUGGUACGUCGUUGAACUGUCCCAGCACCAUGGAUGCGCCGGAAACCUUCACCGAUAUUGUAUACAUUCCAGUUGACAUGGCUGAAAAACUCUAUAGGUGUGAGCUUUGCCCCGAAACCUUCACAAAGCUUGAAUUUUUGACAGUUCACAUCAGAGAGCACACAGGUGAAAAACCGUAUAACUAUAAACAUUGUCCCAAAACGUUUCACCGUCGAAUGCUCAAGGGUGAAAAACCUUACAAGUGCAAGCUGUGCCCUAAGAGCUUUUUUAACCGUGCGCACCUGACCAGUCACAUUCGCACACACACUGGUGAAAAACCUUACAAGUGCAAGCUGUGCCCUAAGAGCUUUUUUAACCGUGCGCACCUGACCAGUCACAUUCGCACACACACGGGUGAAAAACCUUACAAGUGCAAGCUGUGCCCUAAGAGCUUUUUUAACCGUGCGCACCUGACCAGUCACAUUCGCACACACACUGGUGAAAAACCUUACAAGUGCAAGCUGUGCCCUAAAGCCUUUGCUCGGAGCGAUACUCUUAGUAACCAUAUGCAGACUCAUAGAGGUGAAAAACGCCACAGGUGUGAGCAUUGUGCCAAAACCUUCCUUCAGAGAUCCUAUCUUACCAACCACAUGCUAUUGCACAGGGAUGAAAACCCUUACAGGUGUAAGCUAUGCCCUAUGACUUUUAUUCGGCUUGGAACCCUGGCUAAGCACAUUCAAACACACACUGUUGAAAAUCCUUUCAAGUGCAAGCUGUGUCCCAGAGCCUUUGAUGGAAGCUAUAAACUGAAGUAUCACAUUCGAACACACAAGGGUGAAAAACCUUACAAGUGCAUGCAUUGUCCUAAAGCUUUUGCUACAAGUGAUAUUCUGAAAGACCACGUUCUAACACACGCAUCUGAAAAACCUUACAGCUGCGAGCAUUGUCCUAAAGCCUUUGUUACAAGAGCUGCUCUGAGGUGCCACAUUCGAACACACACAGUAAAAAAACCUUACAAGUGUGAGCAUUGUCCUCGUGCCUUUGCUUGUAAGAGCAGUCUGAUUAUGCACAAUGAAACCUGCAGGUACAAGUAUUGCCCCAAAUAGUCUUUCUAUAGAAAUGGUGGUCUGAGGAACCACAUCUUUACUUGGAAAAGGAGUUUGAUUAUGCACAAAAGUGCAUGGGUGAAAUGCCAUACAGGUGCGAGCAGUGCCCCAAAGCAUUAACUCAGCUUGAACUCUUGUCGAAUCCCAUCCAAACGCACCAGGACAAGAAUAAUCAGAAGCGCAAGCUAUGUUUCAAAGCUUUAGCUCGUAUUGAUUCCUCAGUGACCACACGCAGACGCAUACGGGAGUUUGAGCGAGUUUUUUGAGGAACGCACUGUUCUGAAAUCAUGAACGGUGCAGCUUCACCGUUCCGUGAAACCGUAUGUGAAAUUUAAUGUUUUAGCGAAUCAUGAUACGCGUGCAACCAAUUAAACAAUGAUGAUGAUUGCAUUUGACCAGCAGCACCCUCUCGUAUCAAGCAUCUUAAACAUUCUGCAGCGUGCAAAUCUGUUGCUCGCAUUUCACGCCGCACACUGUUGUAAACAAGACGGUUGAGGCAAAAUUUGCCGGUUGGAAUGUCAAAAGCUGACAAGCUAAAUGGAGUAAGAAGUUUCCGAUUGACCACAAAGGUAGGGGAUGUGUCUACCGUCUUCAACUCAAACGAUCGUUCACGUCGCACGCUGCCGAACCAAACCAUUUCGACUGCUCACGGUCACCAUGGCGACUCGUUAGCCUGGAUCACAAAAAUUUAGUCACGCAUAGUUUAUGCAUAGUCCUAUUCGCUUGCAUUUUGAGCGGUUUUCGAAAUGAUUUGAUCGUAGUUCUCAGAUGAAGCAAAACGUAGCAGGAUGACAAAUCUCCUCCCGCUGUGCUGAGCUUAACACUCGGCUAGGCCAGUAGGAAUCGACCGCCAUCUUGCUUUCCCGAGUUGUAAACGGUCUUGGCUGCAUUGCCGGAAUCCCGGAGAAAAGCUCACCACGAAACCAGCAGAUGCAGAGAAAAGCUCACCGGCCAUUGAGUGUAUGCGAAAAAAAAGCUCACCAAUGUUUUUUCUUCUUUUCAUGUGGAGACUGCUGGAUCAUGCGUAACGUAUAUCAAUUUAUUAUCAUUAAAAUUCGUCAACUUUGUAAAAAAGAAAAUGUUAUUUUUUGUAAUAUUUGUUAAGCUUAUUGGGUAUAUGACCCCGAUUUAAUAAUUGCGGGCGAGUGUUUUUUUUUUUUGUGGUUUACUGUCUAGGCAACGAAAGCCUAACUGAAAACUUUAUGAACUUGAAGAGCAGGAAAAAGUUUGAAAACUUGAUAAUGUCUACGUAAAACGUAAAAAAGCAAAACUGUCAAUGUCAAAAAUCCAAAAGUGCAUGCGCAACAAUGCGGUGCCUGACGUUCUCUUUGAAUCUUUUGUUAACCUUUGAAAACAAGAUAAAACGGUGAGUGGGAUGUCGAGGUUGCUUUCUGUUUACGGACAAGCACGUUUUCUAGCCGUUCGUGCUGGUGUUUCCACACGUUGCCUUUGUUUGAUAGUACCCUUCUAUGACGAGCCACCCAUGACCUUCAGAGCCGCACACUAUCACCGUUGUUACUCAGGACUAGAUAAGAACUAGUCUUCUGUAAGGUAGCGAAUAGGGCGAGAUGGAAAAUGUUAUACAUAAUGAAAACCGCUCAGACGAUGAAGACGGAAUGAAGACAACUAACACGACAGGACACUGAUUACAUCAAUAAAAGCCUACUCAUCUAUCAGGCACCACACAAUCUUCGGAGCUGAAACGAUUCACGCACCACUAUUCAUAUUAGCUCGCAAAAAUCAAACCUCUUUAUCUGACAGAGCUACCGACGACGCAUUGUCAACCUGUCAAUAAAUUGUCUUUUUACGGGUGCCCGAUGUUCUGAUUUCAUACUUGCGGCGUCAUUAAUUUACAGACUGGGUGAUUGCUAAUUUCUGAGGAAUUAGUAAAUAUGCCCAAUGACCUUUAGGAAUAUUACAAAAAAGUGGAUGAUUAUUUUUAAAUUGAUGAAUUUUAAUUGCGUUAAAUUGCUACGUGUGACACACAAUCCACUAAGCUAAGACCAAAUUAAAAAAAAAUCGGUGAGCUUUUCUCCGCAUCCGCCGGUUUUGUGGUGAGCUUUCCUCCGGUGAGUUUUUCUCUGCCGCCUGCAUUGCAGUGACGGCUCCAGCGGCCGUAGCGGGUAAACGAACGUUAAGCGCAUCCAAAAGGCCCCAACGACUCGCCUACGCAUGCGCAGUGGCGUCGGCGAUUCAUUCGAGGACGAACCGUUUGUGUCGAAAUGACUAGCUAAAACUCCCAAUCGAAGGAAAAACACUCCAAGUGUGAGCAUUGUGCCAGAGCCUUUCUUCGAAAAAGCUAUCUUACGAGCCGCGUUGGAAAGCCCACAGGUUUAGGAUUUCAUGGUCGGAGUGGUUACUAAUUUCGAGCAUGUGUCCGUGAUAUUAAUCUAAAGGCCCGUACACACGUUCGCGUUUGACUCUGACCGACUGAGCCAAGACCGGCUUUUAAGCCUCUUAGUAUGGCUCACGACUGGAUGCGCAACAAUGCAGCUGGUCGUAACUCGUCACAAACGG